GGAAAAUGGUAGAUAAUCUUAGGCGCCCUUACCACACUAGGUAGCCUUUAACUAAGGUUUAACUAAAUUUCCGAGUAGUGUUUAACUGGGCUUAGGCCUAUUCUCUCCCCAAACCUGGAUACAUCCCGUUGAUUCCAAGGUUUCGCCGCACCCCACGUGACCUCACCGACUUCUGUAUCGGGCUCUCUGUCAUCAUCGGCGGCUCUUGACCCCCAUUGCUUAUCCGUCGCAAGUUUCGUAUCCCGUACCUUCGUCUCAGCCUGGUGAGUUUCACUGUCUUCCCCUCGCAGUUCAACCCGGCAUCGUGUCCUGGUUGUAACCGCUAACUAGGCAGACCAUGUGCGCAGAUUGGAGCUUCAACUGCGCUCACCAACGGGAUAGUCGCCUAAAUACCAAUCAAGCCCUGAUCUAUCGCGAACUGAUCAUUUGAUUGCUCCUCUCCAGCUCCCUCCAAAUCGUGUCGCAGUCUCCUGCAGCCAGUACCAUCAAAAUUGUUGCUGGUGGCGAUAUUCAUGACACCUGUAGGCUUCGAGAGAAAUAGAACGGGUGCUUUGUUGCAGCGAAAUAACCGCUGCUGAUUCGCUCUCCUAGUCGCCAAAAAUGCCGUCACACACCACGUCUUCCCCGACCAAACGUUCAGCCUCGCAGCAAGCGGCGUCGGAUUCUUCACUACCUCCCCAAUCGCCUCCCACUGAAGCAGGCCCGACGCUUUCGCACAACAAGACAUCAACCCACAAACCCCAUCGGCCCCAUGUGGUUGCUUCGCACCGACAGCAUGUGCGCAACCCGUCGCUAAAGAACAUAAAUAGGCUGCAGAGGCUUGCUGCGCUUCACAACCUCCUAGGAGAAGGUGACACGCUUGUUGCACCUGCGCUUCGACACCAACGCAAAAAAUCUGCGCCUGUAUCCCCCGCAACGAGUCCUCGCGUCGGCCAUCAUCACGUUCGUUGGAAUGGCUCAAGCGUUUCGCUGACUGGCCAAGGGGUAAAUCCGGCGAUAAGGAAAAACCUAUCCACGCCCGUAUUGAGAAACACGUCCGGGAUUCUCGCUAAGAAACCGUCUACGAUGAACAAAACUGUAACAGUUGCUAGAGCAGGGCAGAAAAAGACAGUGGGUUUCGAGCUUGUUGCUUCGGACGACGACGACGAGUGGGAAGACAAUAACAGUUCUUAUUCUCCAGAAAGCACUAGACGGAAUUCCGUGGUUACUGCCAAAAUGAGCGCGGACAGUAGCCCUCAUUCUACUCUCCUGGCGACAAAGUCGCCUUUAGCCCAAGCAAGCAGUGGCCUUGAAGGCGAGACCAAACAGCAGGCUACGGAACUCGCUAAUGGCUCUGGCACUGGAGCUUCCCAAGGACAACAUACGCGCCCCUUUGAGCAGGACGAUAUUGCUUCUCGUCUUCUUCACCAACCACACGCAUCCAAAGCUCCACCCGCCAUAUCAUCCGUCUCAGUAACUGCAACGCCAGCAGCUGUGGAACGAAGCCCGCGCCCUCCGUCCUUUCCAACCCUUCCUUCGGGCCGUGUCCGCGAUUCCGAUCAAGCUGGCCAAUGGUCUACUGUGGGGAGUUCCUCAAUAAGCAAUCCACAUGGAACAUCGUCCUCUAUGGAAGGAGGCGUAUCCAGAUUCCUAAUAAACAACCCCGGUUCACAAUCUGGAGCCUUCACUGAUUCUGAACCCCCGUCAUCAUUCCUACCACACUACAACCCUAAUACACCGCCGUCUCCGGAGACGUACAGUGCGAAACGCCCUACCUCUCGCGGCCGCCAACAAGAGCCUCCAUCACGUACACAGCAAAAGUUAUGGCUACAGCGAACAGCAGUUCUUACAACCUCCCCACCUGACCCUUCUAUGUCGGGACCGCCUCCGACAGUACCCCCAUCUUCGAUGGAGCCCGUCUUCAUGACGGCUGCUCAGUCUCGGCCAGGUUCUAGAGACCACGCAAGAGACGGCCGCAGGGCAUUGCUAGGAAUAGGUGGAACAGCAGGCGUAAAUCCUGAGAGCGAAGCUAAACGUGCCCGCAAGAUCUACGAUAAAUCCACAACAGAGUACUCAGUAGUCCGUCGUUUCAGAUCGCCUAUCGCAGAAAGUCUGCUCAGGCUCGACAAAAUUGCAGGACCAGAAGCGAAAUCCAACAAUGCCCCUCAAAGCCAGGCAGGCGGACAAAAUCCCGUCAUCUCUAAUGGCGCCCUUUCCCGCCCACCUUCAUCGCGGAAUCUCGAUUCCGAUCCCGCCGUCAACCACCAGUUCUUAACCAAGCUACCCAAGUCGUCCAGCCAGGUCCGAUUCAGGACUUCUGAAGAUACAGUCCACGUCAACUAUUCCGACGAGCCAGCUGAGCGAUUGGAUGUGGAACAUCAGCAGCAACAACGGCCUAAUUCGGUUGCGGUUGUUUUUGCUGAUGGAAAUGUGUAUGACGAACAGAUAGAUGAUUCAGAUGGCGGUGGUGGUGGUGCGCAUACCCCAUAUCAACCCAACGAAGCGGAGCUCAUGAUUAGGCGGAUAUGGGACAGCCGCGAAGUAGCUGUUGCGGGUGAUUGAUUAUUUUGAUGGGCUCGACGAGUUUUAGUUUAUAUACAUGUACCUUCUCUCUCGUGAUCUUACUUUUUACUCCUCACUGACGAUUUGUAUGCUGUACAAAGCAUGAGGCCAUAAUGGCCAUUAUCUGUACAACAAUCAUCACCAUACCAUAUCCUCUUUCCGUUGACGAUACGAUUAUUUUGUUUAGUGCAUUUUUUUUGUAUUCUCUGUUAUAUCUUGAUUGGCAUGGAAGAUUCAUAUCGCAUCACGGAAAGCGUACCUCCGGUUUCACCAUGUACUUUAUUUCAUUUAUUUAUUUAAUUCAAUUUCUUUCUUUCUUUCUUUUUUUUUUUUUUUUUUUUUUUUUUUUUUCUCAAUUACUGGCAUUUCUCACAUCAGCGGUAUUUUUUUUACCCUACUGCGCCAUGUGCGUUGAUCUUUUUAUUAUUCUCUGCUUCAUCUUGCUUAAGCAUUUUUAUUUAGAUGUUCGAUAGUUAAUUAGAGGCAGUUGAGCAGUUCUUAAUAGGAUGAUUCUACCAGGUGGACUGUAAACGGGGAUUUCAUUUUAUACACGCUUAACCCCCAGAAAAUGUCAAGAAUCAAGGUACGGAGCAUUGUUCACACGAUUAUCCUGACCGGAUCUAUGAAUUUUAAGAGAAACCCUCUUCAAGGGAACUAUUGCCUAUGUUCAUUUUAUACAUCCAUAUCCCUACGUGAAUGCAUGUCUACAAGUAAAGAUAAUACGAAUC